UCGGGCCAUGAGCCUAACGCUGCCCAAGGACCUCCUGCGGGAGGCCGGCCUGGCCAAGAGGCGGCACGCCGAGCAGGCCCGGCUGAAGCGGAUCUUCAACGCCCGGGACAGGAUCACCGGGGGAGACACACAUGCCUGGAAUGCUCAGAUUCAGGAACAGAAGCUGAGAGAAGCAACUGAAAAAACAAGAGAGGAAACCUAUGCUGCAGAAAUUAGGCACAAUGACAAAGUCAUGUGCAUAGUAGAAGGCCGGGAAAGGAGAGACAAGAAAAAUUUCUGCAAAUUUAUCAAUGACUUCCAGCAGAACUUCCAAAAGCCAGAAACUCGUCGGGAAUUUGACCUGUCUGACCCACAUGCCCUUAGGAAAGCACUUCCAGCUGGGAUUUCAGGUGAUAGCCAGAACGCAGUCAUGGGAAUGCAUAAGUUCAUGGGAGAGGAUUUAAACUUCCGGGAGAGGAAGAAGUUCCAACAGGAACAGAACAGAGAGUGGUCCUUACAGCAGCAGCAGGAAUGGGAGAGAGCCCGGGCCGACCACAAGAUGGCAGGUAGGGAAAGGGACUUGCAUACGCAGGCAAGGCUGCAGGCUGAUGAGGUGGCUAUGCACCUGCAGAGGCUGCAGCUCGCCACGCAGAGGGCGGUCAAUGCGGCUGUGAAAGAAUUCAACAAGAACCAGGUCAUGGAGUUGGCAGAAAGGAAAAGGCUGAAGAAGAUAAAAGAGGAAGAGGACAACCAGGCUGAGAUCUCUGCCAUGCUGCACAGAGACCAGUCCUCUGAGAACCUGGAGCAGGUGGUGGGCGCCUUCGGGUCUCAGCGGCUCAUCCCUAGCUGCUGGAAGGGCAUGAGCCAGGAGCAGCUGCGGGAGAUACGCCUCACUCAGAAGCAGCAGAUCCAGGAGAAGCAGCGGCUCCAGGAGGAAGAACAGCAGCGCAGCAUGGAGUGGGACCAGCAGAGGAUUCAGAAGGCCCGUGCUACCCUACUGCACGAGCGGCAGCAGCAGCGCCUGCAGCGGGACCUGCGCAGGGCCCUGGACAGCAGCAACCUCAGCCUAGCCAAGGAGCAAAAUCUCCAGAAAAAAUACAACAAAGAAGCCUAUAUAAAUCAACCCACAGGAGACUAUUUUGCACAGUUUAAUACAAGAAGCCGAUAA